AUGAACAAAAUUGAAGCUAUUUUCCGGCCCGAACGCCUGAACAACAUCAAGGACGCUUUGAGCGAGGUCGGCAUCGUCGGCCUGACAGUGACGCAGGUCUCUGGCCGUGGUUCCCAAGGCGGGGUCGAAGUGACCGCUGCCCGCGGCCUCGGCACUUAUCGCAUUGACAUGCUCCCCAAGGUCAAGCUGGAGGUCGUCGUCAACGAUCCCGACACGGACCGCGCCGUCGACAUCAUUCGCACCAACGCUAUCACCGGCGCCCCCGGCGACGGCAAGAUUUUCAUCUAUCCGGUCGGCGACGCUAUCCGCAUCCGUACCGGCGAACACGGAAGCGAUGCCGUGUAG